AUGGCAGCCAAGAUUCUUGUCCCCUCAAUUGAAACAGGCAUCAAAACCACCAUCCACGAAAUCACGAGCCGCCGCAAGAAAUCAUACAAAGACGAACAAAGGGCACAGGAUUUUUAUAACGGCCACCUCGAACAACAAGACAUGACAAACUUCAGCCGGCCUUCUGCUAGACCAAAACCACCCCAUAUCGCCAAAACCAUCGCAAACAACUUCCUACGCUUCAGCCAAUUCGCGCUUGCGCUCACAGUCGCCGGCCUCUACGGCGUCGACCUCAAUAACGCCCACCAAAAGAAUGUCUAUAUUGACGCGAAAUGGGUAUUUGCCGAAAUCGUAGCUGCCCUAGCAGCAUUUACAUCGGCCGUAUACCUAGUCAUCUGGUGCUGUGUACACCGACAGGCGCGGAAUGCCCGGGCGCUCACGCCCUUUAAUAGCACAAAUUUACUCCUCUGGCUGUGGGACAUGUUCAUGUGGCUGAUUUGGUUAACGCUGUUUGGGAUAUUUGGGAAGAUGUAUUUCCCCGAAGAUCCGGAGGGGGAUUCGGGUAUUGUAAGGAUGAAGAAUGCUGUUUGGGUGGAUUUGGUUAAUUGGUUGCUUUGGACGGUGACGAUGGUUUGGACGGGGUUGAGGUGGUGGAAGGGCAGGGGCGGAAAGAAUAAGGAGGCUGGUUCGUCAGAGAUGACGAAGGAGUCUGAUUCUAUUGAUGGUGUUGGUGCUGGAGGUCGUGUCACUCCGCCUGUUGCCAGCGGUGCUGCUCCUCUGGCGAUGCCGAAUCCAACUUCGUAUGAGAUGCGGAGUGCCCUGAGCGAUACACCUCAACAUGAUGUCUCCCCUUUGGUAUCGCGGCAGAAUUCGAGAGUGAACGCAAACGCGUAUAGUCAAGAGCGAGCCGUGUCACCUUUAUAA